AUGGAAGGGCAAGCUGCUGCAAUGGUAGAUGAAAUUUGCCGAGCUGAGGCAGAAUAUGGCUCUUGGACAUUGAUGCAUAGAUUUUCUCUCUGCAAUCAGUGGCUUAGAAGAAUAGGAAACUCAGAUAUCGAAGGACUUGCAUGAAUCUACGUAUGGAUGAGAUAUUCAGAACUGAGAAAAUUAGACUGGCAAAGAAAUUAUAACACAAAACCAUCAGAAUUAGCGUGGAACCAAAAAAACCUGACAUAUACCAUUACAGAGCUUAUUGCCAAUGCAAAUAAGCAAGGCUUUGUCUCUCCUGUCUGGCUAUUGCGAGGAAUUUUAGGGAGCUUUGGCAGAGGUGGUGAUAAUGGGCAGAGAAUAAGAGACCAAAUCUUAGAAAUCAUCCACAAGCACAGAAUUGGCGAAAGAGCAGGAACUUAUAUAGAGCAAUGGCAUCAAAAAUUGCAUAACAACACAACUCCUGACGAUAUCGGCAUUUGUGAAGCAACUAUAGCUUACUGGGAAACAAAUAACAUGGGCAAAUAUUGGGAAGUUUUGAACCACCAUGGUAUCACAAGGGAAAGAUUAGCCUCAUUUGAAAGGCCGAUUACGACCCAGCCUGACUAUAUGCCUCAUUUAAUUAAUGACUUCAGAGAUUUCUUGAGGACCUUGAAAUCAGUCCAUUCAGGAGCUGAUUUAAUCACAAGCAUAGACAAUGCUCGCCAUUGUUUUACCCAAGGCAUGCAUAACAAAGUUAAUGACAUUCUAAGCAAUCUUCAUCAUUGGGAUAAAGUAGCACAAAUAGAAAGAACUGUAUGGGCAAGGCUUGAAAUUAAUUACCAUGCAAAUAAAGGAAAUCACCAGCAAUAUAGAGAAAUUUUAUAUGUAGAUAUAAGUUUAGAUCUCUAUGUGAGACAACUAUGUGAAUCAAUCAUACAUGUUGACAUGGCCCCAAGACAUUAUAUUAGAGAGCUAAAUUUAUUAUUAGAUAACGCUACAAUUACCUCUGAGCACCCAGAAUUCACUACAGCCAUAAAUGAUUGGAAAGCUUUAGCAUCAAGAUAUGUAGCGAACUUAGAAGGAAAUCGUGACAUUGCUUUAGUCCUAAAAUCAGCAGCUGACAGAAUAAGCAGAGUUCUUGGCAUCGCAGUAGACGCUUAUAAUAAAAUAAUCCAACCAAAAGCUCAAGCAAUAGGAACUCGUUGCAAAAUUGAGGAAGAUUUUAUUGACCUUUUUACAGAAGAAGCUGUAAGAGGGUCUUGCUUCUUUGCUCCUUCAAUGAUCUUGAGAAAAUUAGAUGCACAGUUCAGAGGAAUUGCAAAACUAAAACCUUGGCAAAUAAUUAGCCCAGUUUCAAAAAUCCAAGGAAGACUUGUAAAGGUUGAACUGCUUCAUGACGUGUCUUAUAGUGUUUAUACAGAGCCGACUAUUUUAUUAUCAAAAAAAGUGUCUGGAGAAGAAGAAAUCCCUGAAGGGGUCCUUGGGGUCAUUUCUUGUACUGAACUUGAUGGUCUAGCCCAUGUCUCUGUAAGGGCGAGAAAUGGAAAAAAACUUCUUGCAGUCUGCUUUAAUGAAGAAGAAGUAAAAAAAAUUGAGGAAUAUGCAGGCCAGUGGGUUUCUGCAAGCUCUCAAGGAGGAAUCAUCACAAUAAAGCCAGCGCAAGCAGAAGCUACUGCAGUUGAACAUUCAGACUCUCAUGAAGCUCCACAAGUAAAAAGGCCGCAUCCUUUAGAAUCCAUCGCUAUAACAGCUGACCAAUUCGGAGAAGGAAAAACAGGAGCAAAAGCCUCAAACUGCGCGAUAUUAAGAAGGAGCCUUCCUGAGGAAUUUGGAGUCCCACAACAAGUCGCCCUUCCUUAUGGGGUUUGUGAGCAUGUUCUUUCUAACCCUAUAAAUGAAGAAAGACACCAAAGAUAUACAAAAUUGAUAGAGAGUCUUCAAGGAAUGGAGCACAAUCAGCAGGUCGUAGAAAUCCUGGACAGCUUAAAAGAAGUCAUUUUAGAGCUAGAAAUGCCUGAAGACGAAAUACAUGAAAUUCAAGAAAAAUUAUCCAGCAUUGGAGUAAAAAGAGAUGAUUGGGCUGCCGCAUUUACCGCAAUUAAAAAGGUUUGGGCUAGCAAAUUUAAUGAAAGGGCUUAUUUAAGCACUGUAAAAGCAAGAAUUUCUCUAAAUGAUAUAGUGAUGUCUGUGCUGUGCCAAGAAGUGAUUCAAGGAGAAUACGCAUAUGUUUUGCAUACUAAAGAUCCAUUUACGAAUGAUUCAUCACAUAUAUAUGGCGAGCUGGUGCUUGGGCUUGGAGAAACCUUGGUUGGCGCUUUUGAUGGCCGUGCUUUUUCAUUUACAGUUAAUAAGCACAGUGAUGAGUAUCAAAUUGAAAGCUUUCCUAAUAAGUCAGUUGCGUUGAGAGGGUCAGGGUAUAUAUUCAGAUCUGACUCAAAUUCAGAAGAUUUGCCUGAGUUUGCGGGUGCUGGACUAUUUGAUAGUAUUAUAAUGAGUUUUCCUCAAGAGCAACUGCUAUCGUAUGCGAAUGAAAGAUUGUAUACGGACUUUGGGUUCUGCAGAGAAAUAAUUUUCAAACUAAGAGAGAUUGGAAUUUUAGUUGAAAAUGCAUUCAAUGGAAUCCCACAGGACAUAGAAGGAGUCAUUGCUGGAGGAAAAGUUUUUGUUGUCCAGUCAAGACCUCAGGUUUAA